UGAUAAUACCAACGCAACGGAUUUGCAUAAAGUAAAAUUAAUCUUGGAUACCUCGUGACAGAAUAUAUAUCCAACUAAAAUGUCUGUAAAUAUACGUUGUGCUACUACAGAAGAUCUGCUGAAUAUACAGCAUUGUAAUUUGCAAUGCUUGCCUGAAAAUUAUCAGAUGAAAUACUAUCUAUACCAUGCUCUGUCUUGGCCGCAACUCAGUUACGUAGCAGAGGACGAAAAAGGAAGAAUAGUAGGAUAUGUGCUUGCCAAGAUGGAAGAAGAUUGCGAGGACAAUCCCCACGGGCAUAUUACCAGUCUUGCUGUAAAGCGCUCUCAUAGAAGACUAGGUAUCGCGCAAAAAUUAAUGAACCAGGCCUCUCGAGCGAUGGUGGAGUGCUUCGGAGCAAAAUAUGUUUCAUUGCAUGUGCGCAGAAGUAAUCGUGCAGCUCUCAAUUUGUACACAAGCAGCUUACAGUUUGAGGUAUCGGAAGUAGAACCAAAAUAUUAUGCGGACGGUGAAGAUGCUUAUGCUAUGAAACGAGAUCUCACCAGCUUCCAUCACGAAAAGGCUCUUAGAGAUAGAGCGCACAAGGAAGGCAAUGUUCAUACGCAUUUAGGUAGAUGCUGUGGCGAUCACUCUUAGUCCAUUCAUCACAGUUGCUGACGGAACCGGAUUGAUUCUACUCAUCAAAGUUUGACUUGGUAUAAAUAAACCUAGUAAAAAUAUUUUAUAUGCGACUGGAGGAUUAAGGUUGUUAAAGUUUGCACAAUGGAGUAAGAUUGGACUUUUGGGGCUGUUUUUCAGUUUACGCAAUGUAAUUAAGACUUAUAAAUAUAUAAGAAAUAAAGGAUUCU